CCUACGUUUCACUCAUUAAGGGUCAAGGUAUAAUAUCAGACACAAAAAUCCUGGUAAUUCGAGGUCUAGAUAGAGUUUCCAUACACGAGGUAUGCGGUACCCCGGAUUUCACCCGGGGUACCAUAGAAGCCACCAUAUAUAUAUAUAUAUAUAUAUAUAUAUAUAUAUAUAUAUAUGUGUGUGUGUGUGUAUAUAUAUGUAUGUAUAUAUGUAUGUAUAUAUACUUAUCCGAUCGAUAGAUAAUCCGAAAACUCGUUUUAAAGCUCUAAAUCGAUAAAUCACGAUGUAUAGAUGAAUUAGGCAUUACUUACGGGAUUUUUGGAUCAGUGUAGCUCAAGAAUCGAGCUACGGAAAUGUUCCCCGAGCUCCCCUGUGCGCGACUGUUGUAGCUCUGUUUUUUUUUGUUUCUCUCGGUGGAAAUGAGAAAGACGAUGAGAUUUAAAUGGACAUGGGAUAUAUAUGUAUAUAUACAUAUAUAUAUAUGUAUAUAUAUAUACUUAUCCGAUCGAUCGAUAAUCCGAUUUUCGUCAAAAUAGUGUCGAAAUGCUCGAUUUUAAAUCGUGAAAUUUUCUAGCGAUCGAAAUAUGAUUUUAGCCGAAACGGGAUGUUACAUCUUCGGUUUACUUCAGCCAUAAUGUGGUCGUAGAGGAAAAGGAAGUCUUACAUACUAUUGGGUUCGAUAGCUCGAACGCACACUCAAAAUAUCUUGGUGUGCCGACUGCAUGGGGAAGGUCUAAGAAGGAAACCUUCCAUUUUCUCAUCCAACGGCUAGAGAAGCAAGGAGAAGCGUGGAAAAGCUUGAUGCUGUCGCCAGGAGGUAAGGAGACGCUGCUCAAAGCAGUUUUCCAGGCUGUCCCCUCCUUCAUCAUGUGCUUAUUCCUCCUCCCUCUCUCAAUCACGACAAGAAUGGACGCAAAGCUCAAGAGAUUCUUUUGGAGUGGAUCAACUUCAAAGAAAUCCACUCACUGGAGGGCAUGAAGGGUUCUGUACGCCCACAAGUCGGAAGGAGGUCUCGACUUUCGACAGUUCCAUAUUUUUAACCUUGCGUUACUUGCCAAGCAAGCCUGGCGUAUCCUCACGAAUCCGGAUGCUCUCUGGGUUAAGGUCCUGAAGGCUUCUUAUUUCCCUCAGAUGGACUUCACUAAAGCUAGGAGAGGGGGUAAGGCCUGGUGGAUCUGGUCUGGUAUCUGGGAAGCUAGGAAGUGGGUGGAAAAAGGCAUUGUCAAGGUAAUUGGUAAUGGGAGAGACACUACCAUGUUCCAGGACCUUGGUUGUUUGUUCGACCAGGUCCCCUUCGACAGCAAUCAAUGGGGGACUCCUCUGUUGUUGCCGACUGGAUCGAUCAUGUGUCCUGUGAAUGGAGGUUGACAUUCUUGAAGAAUUUCUGAGUCCAGCGGAACUACAAAAAGUGGCAGGUUCGCAGAUUGGUCCGAGUUCCAUGGAAGAUUACUGGGCCUGGCAGUUCACCGAUCAAGGAAACUUCACUGUUAAAUUGGCAUUUAACCACAUCCACCACCACUUUCGGAUGACCCAAGGGGAGAUUUUGUCGAUCCUAGAAACAAGCAAGGACAGAUGGAAAUGGCUGUGGAGCCUCUCUCUCUCCCUCCAAAAUUGAAGUUCUUCAUAUGGCGAUGCUCUAGAGCCUCUCUCGCCCUCGCCACAAGACACAUCUCCAUGCUCGCCGCUGCUCCCCCACCAUCGUUUGCCCAGUGUGUGACGCGCUUCGGAGACUAUCCACCACUGCCUCAUUUCUUGUCCUCAUGCUGCUAAUGGUUGGGCUUAGUUGUGGCCGGAGUUGGCAAUCCCUCCCCCUCUUACAAAUAUCUGGAGUAGUUGUCCUCCCUCUCGGGAACCUUGUCCACCGAUAUUGUCCAGAGUAUCAUCUAUUUGUUGUGGCAGACAUGGAAGACGAGGAACGAAAAGGUUUUUAAGGACAAAGUCUCGUGGCCUACUGCAACGGUUGCUCGAGCUAUGGAGGUUGUCCAUCAUUGGAGAUCCUGCCCCAAGAAGAGAACUACUUCUAUCCACCCUUAGCCUGUUCCACCCCCUGAUCUCUCUUCACCACCACCGAGUACUCAUGCUUUUGAGAUACACUGUGAUGGAUCAUUUUUUCACGAGUUCCAGGAGGCGGCAUAUGACGUCGUUAUACGAACGGUCAUGGUCAAGUGGUUGAACGGAAGGCUGAGCCAUUGCAUUGCUUCUCACUGAUUAAGGCAGAAGCAAAAGCUUUACUGAAGGGGGCCUUGUUAGCUGUCGAUCUUCAUGCUCUGUGCCUUGUUCGCUCGGAUUGCCUGAUCUUGGUGAAGGCGAUUCAGGCUCAGCCAUGUCUUUGGCCGUGGCGGGCGGCGGCUUGUAGGGAUGGCAAAAAUAUCCGUAACCGUGGAUAUCCGCCCGAAUCCGGCCUAAUCGGGUAGGGUAAAACCAGAACCCGAAGGACAUUUAGUGGGUACGGGUAAAACCCGAACUCGAAUAUUGCGGGUAAUGGGUGGGCAUGGGUUUCUAACUAUCCAACCUGAACCCGCCCGACUAUACGCAUGCAUAUGUAUUUUGUCUAGAAAUAAUUAUUAUUUUUCUCUAACAUAUUUUAUAUUUAGCAUAUAAAUAUAAUAUUUUCAUGAAAUUGUGUUGUUUUAGUUAAUUUUCUUCAUUCUAGUGAACUAUUGUCUUACUUUUUCUUUUACGUAAUGUGAGAACACGUGUGAAUGUUAACAUAUUGGUUGGAGUUAUGAAGAGAAAUUAUUAUCCAUGGAUAACCGUGGAUACCCGAACGGGUAUGGGCAUGGUUUUAAUUUUCUACCCGUUUCACAUGUGGGUAUGGGUAAAACCCGAACUACUUUGGAUAGGGUAACGGAUAUACACUCUCCGUCCCCGACCCGACCCAUUGUCAUCCCUAGUGGCUUGCUUGAACGUAUCAAGCAUAUUGCCAGUGACCAUCCCAGCAUCAAAUUUGAAUGGAUUAAUAGGAAACUUAAUUCCAAAGCUAAUUGGGUGGCUAGGUCCUGCGCGCGGAACCUGCUGCCGACUGAAUGCAUUCAUCCUUGAUGUUAUUUCACCCUUCUGUAACCUUUGACUUUUGCCUAUUUCAAUGAAAGGCUUGUGCCCUU